GGCGCUCGGUGCGGGGUGGGGCUGCCCCGGCGGCGGGGCCGUGCGGACGGCGGGCGCCGCCCCUCUCGCGCGCUCGGGGCCCGGGUCUGCGCUGCGCUCCUGGGCGCUGCCCCCGCCGGGGCUUCCCCGCCGCUCCGUCCCGCCUCCUCCCCCUUCGGGGUCCCGGGCCGGUGCCCCUGGGCCUCCGCCGGCGUCCGCUCAGCGUCGGCCACCACGGAAACCAUGGACGUGGACGCCGAGAGAGAGAAGAUCACGCAGGAGAUCCAGGCGCUGGAGCGGAUCUUGGGCCCCGGCCCCUCGGGCUUCGAUGAGGAGGUCUCAGAGUCCAGCCUCGACUCGGAUUCCGACGCGGGGGACGCGGAUUCGCUGCCCGACGAGGACGCCGCCGCUGCUGGUCCCCCCGUCUCGGAAGGAGAGAGGUGGGACGGAGCCAGCAAUGACGAGGACGACCCCAAGGGGAAGACGCUUCCCGAGGACCCGGAGACCUGCCUGCAGCUGAACAUGGUCUACCAGCUGGUGCUGCAGGAGAAGCUGGCGGAGGUCAGCCUGCUGCUGGCCCAGAACCAGGAGCAGCAGGAGGAAGUCAUGUGGGACCUGGCAGGGUCCAAAGGCCCCCGGGUGAAGGACAGCAAGAGCCUGCCCCUGAACCUGUACGUCGGGCACUUCCUCAAGCCCUACUUCAAGGACAAGGUCACCGGAGUGGGGCCUCCUGCCAACGAGGACGCGCGGGAGAAGGCUGGCCAGGGCAUCAAGACCUUCGAGGAGCUCCUGGUGACCAAGUGGAAGAGCUGGGAGAAGGCCUUGCUCAGGAAGGCGGUGGUGAGCGGCCGCCUGCAGCGCCUGCUUCAGCCCAAGUUACUGAAGCUCGAGUACCUGCAGCAGAAGCUGAGCAGGGCCACGGGCGAGGCGGAGCGGGCGGCCCUGGAGGAGCAGAGCAGCAAGGCCGAGGAGGAGAUCCGCGACAUCAACCAGCUCCCGGAGGAGGCCUUGCUGGGCAGCAGGCUGGACAGCCACGACUGGGAGAAGAUUUCCAACAUUAAUUUUGAAGGUGGUCGCAGCGCAGAGGAGAUCCGGAAGUUCUGGCAGAACUGGGAGCACCCCAGCAUCAACAAGCAGGAGUGGACCAGGCCGGAGCUGGAGCAGCUGAAGGCCAUCGCGGCCAAGCACGGCCACCUGCAUUGGCAGGAGAUCGCCGAGGAGCUGGGGACCCGGCGCAGCGCCUUCCAGUGUCUGCAGCAGUUCCAGCAGCACAACAAGGCCCUGAGGCGCAGGGCGUGGACGGAGGCGGAGGACCGCAUGCUCACGCAGCUGGUGCAGGAGAUGCGCGUGGGCAACCACAUCCCCUACCGCCGCAUUGUCUACUACAUGGAGGGGAGGGACUCCAUGCAGCUCAUCUACCGGUGGACCAAGAGCCUGGACCCCCGCCUCAGAAAGGGCCUCUGGACCCCAGAGGAAGACACGAAGUUGCUUCAAGCCGUUGCCAAAUACGGGGAGCACGAUUGGUUUAAAAUCCGGGAGGAGGUGCCAGGGAGGAGCGACGCCCAGUGCCGAGACCGGUACCUACGGAGGCUGCACUUCAGCCUGAAGAAGGGGCGCUGGAGCCCCGAGGAGGAGGAGCAGCUGCUGGAGCUGGUGGAGAAGCACGGUGUGGGCCACUGGGAGAAAAUCGCCUCAGAGCUGCCCCACCGGACGGGCUCCCAGUGUCUGAGCAAGUGGAAGAUCAUGGGCAGGGGCACGAGGCAGGGGAAGAGGCAGUGGCGGCGGCGGCGGCGGCGCCUGCGCAGCGUGCGGUGGAGCUCCAGCAGCGAGGCCAGCGGCAGCAGCGGCAGCAGCGAUGGGGACAGCGGGGACUCGGAGCCGGAGCCAGAGCCGGAGGAAGCGCUGGGCCCCCAGGAAGAUGGCCAGUCUCUGCCGCCAGCACAGCACAGCGUGCCGGACGUGGACCUGUGGGUUCCCGCCAGGCAGAGCGCCCACACACUGGGGCCGGGGGGCUGCCCGGGACGCUCAGCCGCCUCCCCCGGCCGUCCCCGGGCCUCCAGUGCUGCUCCUGGUGGCAGCAGGGACGUGGAGGAGACGGGCAGACCGGCCCCGUCCGGGACACACAGCGCCAGCCUGGGCGGCAUCGGGUCCCCGCCCUGCGAGGACACUCGUCCCACAAGCUCCGAGGGGCCGGCCAACGAGGGCGCGAGGCGGCUGCUGAAGGUGCCUCUGGAGACCCUGAGGUACAUGCUCAAGACCAAUAUGACCGUCCGGGGCCAGGCUCAGAAGAAGCCGUGCCUGUUCGGCUCACCCCAGGGGACCACCUCCGGCGGCAGCGACGGCACUGUGACCAGGCCCCACACGGGGCAGCUGUGGCGGCAGCACCGGAGACACGCCCUCCAGCAGAGGCGCCUCGGGCGCCAGCUACUGAUGGCCGUGAGUCCCUGGGUGGGCGACGACAUCGUGCCCUGUGCUCCCAGGAGGCCCACUGCGGCGCCCACACGAGCCGACAGCAUCGGGGCGCAGCUGCAGGACGCCCGCCUGGCCAGCACCCCGGUGUUCACCCUCCUCAUGCAGCUGUUCCACACCGACACUGCCGGCUGCAUGGAGGUCAUUCGAGAGAGGAAGGCCCGGCUGCCCCCCCUGCCCCCGGCCGGGGCUCAGGCGCCCUCCAGUGCCCAGAGCACCCCAGGCCACCUUCCGAGCCAGGUGACAGCCCAAGGCGCUGCAGCAAAGAGACCCAGGGGUGCAGGGGGCCGGGGGCUGCAGACCUGCCCUCCCCAGGACACCCCUGCGGCGCCCCCGCCAGCUCCAGGCCGCCCCCUGCACAAAGUGAAGACGGUGUUCCAGCUGCUUCGAGAGAAGCGGCUGCGGGAGGCCCGAGCCAGCAAGGCUGCCCAGGGCCCCGUGGUGCUCCCACCCCAGCUGCUGGUCUCCUCGCCUGUGAUCCUCCAGCCCCCGCUCACACUGGCCUCCUGCGGCCCCCCAGCCACAGGGCCGGGCGUCUCCAAGUCCGCGCUGUCUGGGCCGGGGGCCCCUGCCGCGACCAGUCCGAGCGCCCCAGGCUCUGGGGUCACACCCACGCAGCCUCUUGCCCUGCAGGCCCUGGCCUGGGCUCCUGUCCCCACCGUGGCCUUGCAGGUCCCUGGGGGCCGCCAGCUGGACAGUCGCGGACCGUCUCCAGCCCCUGCCACGUCCUGGGGGCAGGGCCUGCCCGAGGCACCAGCCUUGCUUCCUGCGGCUCCCAGUCCCGCUCAGCCGCUCAUCCAGUCCCUCAGGCUGACGUCAGCUCCGGGCACCCUCAGGGGCGGGCCCCAUGUGGCCGCCAGCGCCCCUCUGCCUAUCAGCAGCGUGCUGCUCCCCGUGCCGUUGCCAGCCGUGCUGGGCCUCCCCGGGCCAGCAGCGACCCCUGACCCCCAAGGGCUGGCGGUGACUCUGUUGCCCUCAGUGACGGAGACUCCAGGAGGCCAGGGCCACGCCAACAGGGACGCAGAACCAGGCCCUGCCUCCAGGGCAGACCUCGAGGCCCUCUCGCCGGCCCCACCCCCCCAGAUCCCUGCAGAAGCCCAGCCCUGCCAGCUGCCUCUGCCCCCCGGUGCUGGCCCAGGAAGGACACUGCUGUCCCCAGCAGAGCCAGGGGGGACCAGGGCGCCUCUGGGGUUGGAGAGGCCACCCCCACCCCAGCGCGGGCCUGAGAAGGAUGCCCUGGACCUCAGCCUGCUCUCCCAGGAGAGCGAGCCGGCCGUGCAGGAGUGGCUCCGGGGGCUGCGGGGGGUGUGUGUGCCCCCGCUGGGCAGCAGACUGCCCUACCAGCCCCCCGCCCUGUGCAGCCUGCAGGCACUGUCUGGUCUCCUGCUCCACAAGAAGGCCUUGGAGCACAGAGCCGCAGCCCUGGUGCCCGGCGGGGUAGCUGGCACCCUGCAGGCCUCGCGGGGGUGGGUGCAGGAGCAGCUGCAGGACAGCCCGGCCUACCUGCUGCUGAAGGCCCGCUUCCUGGCUGCCUUCACUCUGCCCGCACUGCUGGCCACCCUGCCCCCUCCCGGCGUCCGUACCACCUUGUCAGCCACGAGGCCCACCUCAGGGAGCGAGGACGAGGACCUGGAGGAGCUGGCACGCUCCGAUGGCAGCAGGCAGCCAGUCCGGGCGAGCAGCAGUGCCCAGGCAGGGUCUGCAGCCAUACCCCCAGUGCAGGGAGCCCCAGACCCUGCCCCUUCCUGCCCGGACGAUCUCGACGACGUUGAUGUGCUCCAGACGCGGCAUGGCCGGCACGCCCGCAAGAGGCGACGGCUGCUGCGCAGUGCCUCCCGGCACCCCUACCAUGGGGUCCUUGUGUUCCAGGACGGCUCGCCCGAUGCCCACGGCCACACCCACAGGAGCUGGAGCCCACGGGCCCGCCAGCCCCGCCGGCCACAGGAGACAGUGGCUGGUGCCUGGGAGGCGCUGCCAGGAGUAACCGUGCUGGCGGCAGGGGCGCGGCUGCUCCUGUGUGCACGUGGGCAUGUUUGAAGGAGUUAGUAAGUGUUCUAUUUUUCAUUAAAAAGCAGCCGGAGGC